UGCUUCACCCCUGGCCUUGGCAAGUGGACCGGUCCCGAAGGGGUAGAAGCUGAGACGGGCGCCUUCGCGGGAGCAGCCCGCUGGGUCGGCGGCUUCUCCGCCUGGAGCGCUCAGGAACUAGAGAUGCUAUUAGGCUGUUGUUUUAUCCAAUGUGAGAAGUUGGCCCGGAGAUGGAAAACUUCAUUCUGUAUGAGGAGAUUGGCAGAGGAAGCAAGACUGUUGUUUAUAAAGGGCGACGGAAGGGAACAAUCAAUUUUGUAGCUAUUCUUUGUACUGAUAAGUGCAAAAGGCCUGAAAUAACCAACUGGGUCCGUCUCACCCAUGAAAUUAAACACAAGAAUAUCGUAACUUUUCAUGAAUGGUAUGAAACCAGCAAUCAUCUCUGGCUCGUGGUGGAACUCUGCACAGGUGGUUCCCUAGAAAUGGUGAUUGCUCAAGAUGAAAACCUCCCAGAAGAUGUUGUGAGAGAAUUGGGGGUUGACCUCAUUGCUGGAUUACAUCAUCUUCAUCAACUUGGCAUUCUCUUUUGUGACAUUUCUCCAGGCAAGAUACUCUUGGAAGGGCCUGGCACAUUGAAGUUCAGUAACUUUGGCUUGGCCAAAGUGGAAGGUGAAAAUUUGGAAGAGUUCUUUGCUUUGGUGGCAGCAGAAGAAGGAGGAGGUGAUAGUGGGGAAAACGCACUGAAGAAAACCUUAAAAGGUAGAGUCAAAGGAUCUCUUACAUAUACAGCACCUGAAAUUUUAAGGGGUACUGACUUCUCCAUCACCAGUGACCUCUGGUCUUUGGGCUGUCUGCUUUAUGAAAUGUUUUCAGGAAGACCUCCAUUCUUCUCAGAAAGUUUUUCAGAAUUAAUUGAAAAGAUUUUUUAUGCAGAUCCUUUGCCACCUGUUCCAAAAGAUUCUUCUCUUCCUAAAGCUUCUUCAGAUUUUAUUAAUUUGCUUGAUGGUUUACUUCAAAAAGACCCUCAGAAAAGAUUAACUUGGGCAGGCCUAUUGCAGCAUUCAUUUUGGAAGGAUGCUUUUGCUAGGAGAGAUCAUGAAUCGAGCACUGAGGAUUCCAUCGUCAGCGGAAAAAUGAUGGAGCAUUCUGGGACCCAGGAUUCCAAGGAGGUUUUGAAGCCAAGUGGACAAGCCAAGGGAGACAAGAGUGGUCAGCGACUGAGUCACUCUUUCAGACUAGAAAAUCCAGCUGAGUUGCGGCCUAAAAGUACCGUUGGGGGUCAACCGAAUGAAUCCAUGUUUCUUCUGAGUUCUCGCCCAACUCCGAGAACUAGCAGUGCGGUCGGACUAAGUCCUGGUGAGGAUAGGACUCAACAUUCACCACAGAAGGCUUCUCCUUUGACCAAGAUUGCAAGUGAACACCUGAGUCAGCAGGACCUGGAAUCCCAGAUGAGAGAGCUUAUCUACACAGACUCUGAUCUUGUCAUCACCCCAAUUAUCGACAACCCAAAGAUAAUGAAACAACCGCCAAUUAAAUUUGAUGCAAAGAUACUGCAUCUACCAGCAUAUUCAGUGGAUAAAUUAGCAUUUCUAAAAGACCAAGAUUGGAAUGACUUUUUGCAGCAGGUGUGCUCACAGAUCGACUCCACUGAGAAGAGCACGGGGGCCUCGCGAGCCAAGCUGAACCUCCUUUGCUAUUUGUGUGUCGUGACUGGACACCACGAGGUGGCCACGCGCCUCCUCCAUUCACCUCUGUUCCAGUUACUAAUCCAGCAUUUGCGAAUAGCUCCAAACUGGGAUAUACGGGCCAAGGUUGCUCGGGUGAUUGGUUUACUGGCCUCACACACAACUGAGCUCCAGGAAAAUACACCUGUUACUGAGGCAAUUGCCGUCUUAACUGAGUUAAUUAGGGAAAACUUCAGAAAUAGCAAAUUAAAACAGUGCCUCUUACCAACCCUUGGGGAGCUGAUCUACCUUGUAGCCACCCAGGAAGAAAAAAAGAAGAACCCUAGAGAAUGCUGGGCCGUUCCCUUGGCUUCGUACACAGUGCUAAUGAGGUGCCUUCGGGAAGGGGAAGAACGUGUUGUGAAUCACAUGGCAGCAAAGAUUAUUGAAAAUGUCUGCACUACCUUUUCUGCUCAGGCCCAGGGCUUUAUUACAGGAGAAAUUGGACCCGCUUUAUGGUUCUUAUUCAGACAUUCCACUGUUGAUUCUCUCAGGAUAACAGCAAUAUCGGCCUUGUGUAGAAUCACUCGCCAUUCUCCCACUGCCUUCCAGAGUGUUAUUGAGAAGGUGGGACUGAACGCAGUAAUAAACUCCCUGGCCUCAGCCAUCUGCAAAGUUCAGCAGUACAUGUUGACCUUAUUCACUUCAAUGUUGUCUUGUGGGAUUCAUCUUCAGAGGUUAAUCCAAGAAAAGGAUUUUGUUUCUACAGUUAUCCGUUUACUUGACAGCCCAUCAACUUCGAUUAGAGCAAAAGCCUUCCUCGUUCUUUUAUAUAUUUUGAUUCAUAACCAUGAGAUGCUGCUGCUUGGCUGCCAAGCAAGACUGGUGAUGUACAUCGAGAGAGACAGCAGAAAGACCACUCCAGGCAAGGACCUGCAAAGCAGCAAUGAAUACCUGUCCAAGUGCCUGGACCUUCUCAUCCGUCACGUUGUGCACGAGCUGCCGCGGAUCCUGGGUGACAUUCUUAACGCCUUGGCCAAUGUUUCUGGUCGUAAACACCCAUCAACAGUCCAAGCGAAACAGCUGAAGAUGUGUCUCCCCCUGAUGCCUAUAGUGCUUCACCUCGUAACUUCUCAGGUGUUUCGACCUCAAGUUGUAACAGAAGAGUUCCUUUUCAGUUAUGGAACUAUUCUUAGUCAUAUUAAGUCUAUAGACUCAGGAGAAACUAACCUAGAUGGAGCCGUGGGACUGAUGGCAUCGGAAGAAUUUAUCAAGAUCACGUUGUCGGCUUUUGAAGCAAUAAUACAAUAUCCUGUUCUGUUGAAAGACUAUCGCUCUACGGUUGUUGAUUAUAUCCUGCCACCCUUGGUCUCCUUGGUUCAGAGCCAAAAUGUGGAGUGGAGACUCUUCAGCUUGCGGUUGCUCUCAGAAACCACAUCUCUACUCGUGAACCAGGAGGUCGGGGAUGGCAAGAAGGAGGCGAAUGUUGACUCUGACAGCAAUCUGCUGGCUCUCAUUAGAGAUGUCUUACUUCCCCAGUACGAGCACAUCCUCGCGGAGCCUGACCCAGUACCAGCUUAUGCUCUGAAACUGCUCGUGGCCCUGACUGAACACAACGCAACCUUCACCAGACUUGUGGAAGAGAGCAAACUGAUCCCACUCAUUUUUGAAGUAAUUCUGAAUGCUACUCAACUGAAAACCAUCUGUUAAAGAAAACAUUUCACCUAUGGUUCCUAUGUGUAGAGAAUAAAAUGGGAUUGCAGAGUUGACUUCCCAUUUCUGAUAAAUCCCUAUUUAUUACCAAAGGCAGGUUUGAGAAGUAGGCUGGAAAUCCGUACAUCAACACAGUGCCCUUAGUGCUCUGUUCUCUUGUACCUAGUGGGUUAUCCCCCUUUACCAAAAACUUGCCCUACAAAGCUGACUGACAGCAGAAGGGACAAAGGAGGAGACACGUCCCCAGCCAGACUGGCCUAACCUCCCUUGGUCUUUAAUGGAGCAGUAGCCGUGAUAGUCUGCUAACUGUACCCAUGGAAAUUAGCUUUCUUUAAUCCAAAACUGUUAGCCUAUAGGUUGUUUGUGUGUUGAUAAUGGCUAAAUGGUGAAAACAUUACUUUUCUUAGCUACAGAUGAACCUUUUCCUUUCAGGAGAGUGGGUUGGGUUUGCUGAGUCAUGUGAUUGGAUGGGGACAAGGGGCGAGAGUGGGUGGUAUUUCCAAAGUGCGCUCAGGUGACGAUGAGAUGACGCAGAGCCGCCGUGCGAGGGGGAUGUGCAAAGUGAGAGGCUGGAGUGAAUCGCUUUGAAUAGUAAGGAGAUUUUAUAAGCAGUGUCAGGAGAAAAAAAUGGAGAAAAAUGGGAGGAAGAAACAUGGAGACGGAGAGCCGUCUAAUGGGGACGUUAAGCUUCGCCAAGUGGCCGGUGUGUGUCUCCACCUUCAGCAGGGUACAUACGUGACUUGCUGAUUUGUUGCAGCAUCGGAUUUGUUUUGGAGGGCGGCGGGUGCCGUCAGCUGCCCGGUUUGAGUUGGGUUGGGUAUGGGCAAGAGCCAAAGCUGUCCAAACCCAGCCGUAUCGGGCUUGUGUUUGAAGAGACUGGUGUCGAAGACCUAUGGAGAGCGCUCUAGAGCUACCGUGGGCCUUAAGUGGGGAUGUGUCUCAUCCCCUUGCUGUGGUAGGAGUCUUUCUGACCUGUGUAGGUCAGUGCAGCUCCUUUUGUGACUGAUGAAAAGUUCUCAUCCUAUCCAGUCCCCUCAAGGUCUAAACUCCACACAUAGGAAAUUCCUUCUGGAAGGUUACCAAAGUUCCUCUGGGCUUGAUUAAUCUUUGUAUAAUGAGCACCUAGCAAGGCUUCAUAUCUUACCAUGGUAGAUGUUUAAUUGAUUAAUGCCAUGGUUUAGACCUUUGUCAUGUCGUAGAGAGUGGGUAGAGGUGACCUCCACUCUCCAGGUGAGGAUCUCAGCCAGUUCUGAGUCCUGAGCCCUGAGCCCUGAUCUCCCAGGCAUGUCUGGGAUGAUACUUUCCCCUAACCGGAAUAGCUCCAUACUCAGGUUUCUUGGAGGAUCAUAUUUUAAAAAGAGGUCCUGUUGUUAAAAAGAAAAAAAAACAAAAAAAACCCCCCCAACAUUUGGGAACCACUGCUUUUGGGGACAGGACUUUGAUGUCUGUGAAGAACCUUAUUAAAUCCCUUUUCUUUUUUUUGUCUUUCUUGAGUUGCAUGAUCUCAGGUUUUCCCCUCUAUAUAAUUACAUUUUUUAAUCUGUGAGAUGUCCUCAUAGCAGUUAUCCUGUGAACAGUUGUCUUGUCCUUUCUAAACUUUUAUCACCGAGCAAGACAUGACAUAGCAUUUUAGUGAUUCUAUGAUGCAUUUUUUUAAUAACAGAUUUUAGCAUUUAACAGAUUUAACAUUUCUGAAACUGGGAUGUACUUUCCAAAUCAGUGGCAUUUUGCGAUUGCUUUCAGCCAGGAGACCUGGUUGUCAUUGCCUUAACUAAUUCAUCUCAUUUUUCUUUUUCUUUUUCUAAGUGCCCAAGAGUGAUGCAUUAUAAAAAUAUAUGUCCGAAUAUGUCUAAAAGGGCUCUUUCAAUAAAAAUAAAAGGAACUUUGUAAGUAAUGAGAAACCAUGUCAUAGUUUAAUUGGCAACAUUUUUCUUUCUUAGUGCUUGAUAAAAUGAUGGGUGCAUCUUGGAACUGAGGGAUUCCUGGUUUCACAGAAACACAGUAUAUUCUUGCAUUAAGUUUGGGUCUAAUCCCCCCGGCCAGUGUGGUGUCCUGCAUACGCGUAGCAGCUUCUCGGCAACAGUUUGAUCAGAAGAGACACCGUGGAAGAUGGUGCAGGGUCCUGUGUGUUGGAUACUCCUUGUGUCUUCUAGCCCCCCACCCCCAUUACAAUAGAAAAGGCUGGUGCCACCCCCAUUACAGUAGAAAAGGCUGGUGGUCCACAGUGACCUCUUGAUGACUUUUUUUCUCUACUCUCAGCUCAUAACUGUUUUCCAUCUUCUGUUUGAUGUCCUUACAAUCUGAUACAGGCUUUGUAACUUCCUUCUUUUCUCGAGUUCCUCAUACAGUGUGUUCUUACUAGCCAUGUGUCCUCUCCUAGAUGUUUCUCAUUAAGAAAGCAAAUGUUUGUCUUAUGGGCAGGAAUUGCAGGCAGCUUCUGUGUCUUUCCUGUAGGCCUAGAGGGGAGUGAAGAUGAAGGGAGCAGCGUUGUGAAUUUGAUGUCCUAUCUGUGUCAAAUAGCCAUGUACAGAUCGUACACAGAUAGAACAAAGAGCUUUAAGUAUGGGCCACGCUGGUGAAGAUAUAGUGCAAAGCUGUAGUAAUCAAAACGGUAUGGCACUGUCACAAAAACGAUCUUUGGAACAGAAUAGAGAGCUCAGGAAUAAAUCCGUGCUUUGAUGGUCAAUCUGUGACAGAAGGGGGAAGAACAUACAAUAGGGAAAAUUAGUCUCUUCAGCAAAUGGUGCUGGGAAAACUGGCCAGCUACGUGUGAAAGUAUGAAAGUCUACUUCUUUCUUAGACCAUACGCAAAAGUAAACUCAAAAUAGAUUAAAAACCUAAGUGUGAGGCCUGAAACCACAAAACUCUUAGAAGAGGACAGAGGCAACAAUUUCUUUGACAUCAGCCGUAGCAACGUUUUUCUAGAACUGUCUUCUCAGGCAAGCAAAACAACAGAAAAAAUAAACUACUGGGGCUACACCAGAAUAAAAAUCUUCUGCACGGCAAAGGAAACAAUAAACAAACCAGAAAGACAACCUACUGAAUGGGAGAAGAUACUUGCAAAUGAUUAUUAUCUGAUAAGGGGUUAACACUCAAAAUGUAUAAAGAACUCACAGAACUCAACACCAAAAAAACCCCAGUCUGAUUAAAAAAAUACCUGUUGGGAUGAGCACUGGAUGUUGUAUGGAAACCAAUUUGACAAUCAAUUUCAUAUUAAAAAAAAUAAUAAAAAAAUAGGCAGAGAACCUAAAGACCUUUCUCCAAAGAAGACACACAGAUGGCCAAUAGACACAUGAAAAGAUGCUCAAUAUCAUUAAUCAUCAGGGAAAUGCAAAUCAAAACCACCAUGAGAUGUCCCCUCACACCUGUCAGAACAGCUAGACUGAAAAGAAAUAACAAUUGUUGGCAAGGAUGUGGAGAAAAAGGAAACCUUUGUGCACUGUUGGUGGGAAUGCAAACUGGGGCAGCCACUGUAGAAGACAGUAUAGAGAGUCCUCAAAAAAUUAACAGUAGAAAUACCAUACGAUCCAGGAAUACCAUAUGACCCUGCUAAUUGGUAUUUCCCCAAGGAAAAAGAAGACACUUUGAAAGCAUACAUGCACCCGUGUUAAUUGCAGCAUUAUUUACAGUAGCCAAACUAUGGAAGCAACCCAAGUGUCAGUUGAUAGAUGAAUGGAUAAUGAAGAUGUGGGGAGUAAACACACACACACACACACACACACACACACACAGGAAUAUUACUCAACCCUAUAAAGUAUGAGGUCUUGCCAUUCGCAACAACAUGGAUGAACAUAGACAAUAUUAUGCUAAGUGAAAUAAGUCAGAGAAAGACAAAUAUAUGAUUUCACUGCUUUGUGGAAUCUAAAAAACCACAUAAAUGAAUAAACAAAAAGCAGAAUCAGACCUAUAAAUACAGAGAACAAACUGAUGGUUGCCAGGGGUGUGGGGGAUGGGCAGAAUGGGUGAAGGAGAGUGGGAGGUAUAGGCUUCCGGUUAUGGAAUGAAUAAGUCAUGGGAAUAAAAAGCACAGAUAGUGUAAAGAAUAUCGUCAGUGGUAUUGUAAUAGUGUCAUAUGGUGAACAGCAUAGGAUAACGUAGAGACUUAGUCACAUCACCAUGUUGUGCACCUGAAACUAAUGUAACAUUGUCAAUUAUAGUAAAUAGAAAAAUUGGUUAAGCACAUAACCAUUUGAAAGUAGUCUUCAUUAUUUUGAAGGAAAAAAAAAAAGCCAUUUCCAGUUGUAACUGUCUCCUCAGGAGGCACAGUGCUCCCUCCUGUCUGGAUAGCUAAACAUCUGGGCCCUCUGGAUUCAUAAUGCAGGAAGAGCGAUGUGCGAGCACAUAAUUGGACAGGAGCAGUGCAGGAGCUUUGUAUGGGGAGCGAGAGAAUGCUCUGGAUCCCAGGGGAGGAUCUUCUGUUCAUUGCAGGGAGACGAGUCUCACAGAAGUAGUAACCUUUGAAUGUGGCCUUGAGAGGGAGUUGCCAUGAGGAGAAGGUGAGUACUUGGAUGCACCUGGACCAGAGACCAUGGAGAAGUGUAGGCAGGGAGUCUGGAAUGGGAGCCAGAUCCUGCAGGCUUUAUACUGUGGUGGUUUCAUAUUUGCUUGGCUUUGCACAUAAUUUAUGCUUUUCAAAAUCAGAUAGUAUCCUCUAGUUAAACAACAACAACAAAAAAAGAUCUUUUAGAGCCUCUAGCUGCAGGGACUGUGUGCACUGAGAAGGUAGACUGCUCAGAUAGAGGUUGGGCCUUGGAGAGAAUCAGGCUUAGGGUUAUGGGAUAAUACUGGAAACUUGGAGACUGGUUGAGGGCUGGAAUCUCCAUCAGCAAGGCUUUUGAAAGUGGGGAAGGAGACAUAAGACACAAAGGUCGGUUUCAGAGGUUUGAUCUAAGGAGUUCCAACACCACAUUCAGGGCAGAGAGCAGGGCAGAAUGGUUUUAAUCCUGGGGUCCAGCUGCAAGUUUCCCAGCUCUGGACAGGCCAAGUGGUGGGGAAAGCCAGAUAGCGAUUGCUUACAACAAAGGAGCUGUCACAGCAGCUGGUCACUGCUUCCCUGGCGGGGCCCACCUGGGUGGGGGGCCUGCCUUUUCCUUGGCCUUGGGAGGCAGCUGUGUUGAGUAGGGGCUGGAGACUCAGGCAGGCAGCGUUGGAUUAAGCUAAAUGGCUUCCUAUUCAGCCUUCAGCCUAGCAUGCUAAGGCAGUCUGGAUCUGUGUAACAAAUGUGGGUUCUUAAGAAUGUGAACCAUCAGAAGGACCCAGUGGCUUGGAUCCGAGUGCCGCCUUGCUGGCUGAGCGGGAUGGAAGGCGUUCUUCUUUCCCCUUUUGCCCUUUUCCAAAGAGUAGAAGUUGCUUUUAAAUGUGUCUUAAGUAUGAAUUUGAAUGAAUCAGCCUGUGGAUUUUGCUGUAACUCUAAUCUCACCUCACUUUAUUUCAGUGGUUUAUGUUUUGGCCUACUUCAGUAAAUCAUUUUGAUACCAAGUAAUAUAGGCAAACUGUAUUUUAUUGGGAAAAAAAUCUUUAUUCAUAGCAGAUUUUCCAAUAUGUGCCAAAAUAUCGCUGUCAUGAUGUUUUAUGUGUCUGUUCCAAAACAAACAAUUAAAGAGCAAUUUCAGUGGCAAAUGUUAACAAUAAAAAUGGGAUUAGCAAUACGCUAGUUUGACAAUUAUAUUGUUUUAGCAAUCUUGAGGAUAGCAGCUGAAGCAAGCUCGAGUAAAUCUUUCAAGUCAACGGUAUCUUUAGGAAAGAGUCUCUUUAUGGACCCUUGGAGCCGCAAGGAUUUAAUCAUGAAGACACCAGUGUAGUAUAGACUGGCAACCACAUUACUUUUAAGAAAUGUUUUCAGUCCUGUGCAUCCAUCAGGCUUUUAAAAUUACUUGGCUCUUUUCUACUUGCGACCCACCUGAUGUGAAUUGGUUCUUUCAGCGUAUGUUAAAAUGACAGGUUCCUUAUGAGGUUAGGACUCUGCACACUUGUGUCCAAUAUGCUGUUAAUAUGAUUCUGCUGUGCACAUGGGCAUGAAUUUCUAAAGUAGAAAACAAGAUUUGAUUAAAAUUUCAAAAUACUUGACUUAGGAAGAUACUUUCAAAGUUACACAAAGAGUGCUUACUGGAUGUAGGAGAUAAAUCUGUUGCUUCAAACUUGCAUGGGUCCCUGUUCAGGGUUUCUAUAGACUGCAGAAUGGAACUCUAAAACCAGCUGUUGUAUACGUGAUGACUUCACACACUACUCAUGCACUGUCAUAA